AUGGCGCACCUCCCGCACGCCGCAGGUGCCCGUCGUCGAACGAGGCUCCUCCUUUCUCGCUCCUUGCCACUCCUUCUCACGCUCUGCCUGCUGCCCAGUGGCGCACUGCACCAGGGCAAUCUCUUCCUUCCCGCAGUCGACGCAGUCUCCCCCAUCUCCGGUGGUGCAGCCUUGUCGCCGUCGCGGGGUGCUCAGGCAUUCCGCCAGAAAUUUCUGUCGUCGGAGGCGCGUGCGCUCUCGCAAGCUGCCAAGGGAUUUCCUGAAGGUGUCUCCCCGCGGCCGCUGGGGUCUGCCCGCGCCGCCGGGGGUAUUGCCGUCGCCGGUGACGCCGCGGCUUCAUCGUUUGCAAUGGUUAGAGCGAGAGGAGGCGAUAUUGACUCAAUCUACGCAUGCGUCCGCGAGGGCUCAGAUUCGUCUGCAACGACGGUCGAGGCGCAGGUUGAGGUUACAUCCGCGAGGGAUUGCCAGCGCGCAUGCCGCACUCGCGGGGAUUGCUCGCAUGCUGUGUUGAACAAGCGGGAGAGGAUGUGUUACCUCAAAACAGGAUUUUGGGAGGUGAAAAAUGGAGACAGCGACGUCGUUGGGGUGCCGCGCAGCUGCAAUUCGGAAUGUAUCUGGAAGGAUAAGAACACCAGUGCAGGCGACAUCCAGCCUCAUCGCGUCCUGCACAGCCCCUUCGAGUGCCUCAUCUGGUGCCGAACGCAAGACGCGUGCAAGUACUUUCUCUACAACAUAUUCGAUAGGAGGUGCUGGCUCAAGGGAGAUGACGGCAAAGCAAAGAUGCACGACGGGGCCGGGUUUCUGUUGUCGACGCGGGAAUGGUGCACAGAUGACGACUCCGACUACGUCCCGCCCGUCGGUCAGGGCUGGUCGGCGGGCUUGUGUAUGCACCCACAAAACAAAAAGGCGGGAGGAACGCCGGUGAAGGAACUUGCAGACACCAAGAAUGCCGACGCGUGCCAGAAGCAGUGCAAGAAGUUGCAGACCUGCACGUACUUCUCAUUCGACCGGAACUCCAAAAUGUGUCAGCUUUUCGCCGGACCAGCCUUCGAAGUGACCCAAGAAGACGGCUACGUCGCGGGCCCGCGGACGUGCACGCAGACAUGCUUCUUGGAAGGCCAGAGGUACCAGAAAGGCGAGAUCGACAACAAAACUCUGUAUAGUGCUCUGGAUUGCCAGGUCUGGUGCGGCACGACCCCCGCAUGCGAGUUUUUCUCAUACAGCAGGGCAACCAGAAACUGUCAGCUGUUCGACGGAACUGCGAAAAGCACCGAACUCGUCACCAAAAACUCCAUAUCUGGACCCAAGGCAUGGUGCAGUUGA